GAGGCCUCUUCGAGAAACAUAGGUAGACUUGGUGCGCUAUCUGGACAUUCAUCUGUAUGAUUUGAAUAUCAAAUUAGUUGUAAAGAUUAUGUUUUGAAUUGAUUUUAAGAAAGAGGAAGAAAUACUUGAGCAGGGCAUAUCAACAUGAAUUGCUAAAUUUGUACACGAGGACGUGUAAAAGUCAGGAUUGGCCGUGUCGGAGCAUUGGUAGCAUUAUUUGAAUUUAGUACAGCAACAUGAAUAUUGUGUGUGUCAAAAUUGUAAUAAAGAAGAAUAGAGAAAACAGAACAACCGUCAUUGCUGUCUUGUAUUCUUUAUAUCACCGAGAGUCGGCGAGAGGACUAACUGUAAAUCCUCUCACUGAGUGAGACCCGUGCCUACGUGUUUGGUGUUUUGCCUCUUCCGUUGGUUCGUUCUGUGUACAUCACUCGAAGAAGUGUGUGAGCGAGACUGGACUGGCUAUUUGCGGUGUGUGCGAAUGAGCAGGAUGGCAAGUGUGUCAUGAGCAAGCUGCGCAACAGAUUUUGGCGACGAGCGAGCGUGCAUGAAAAGAGAGAAGGCAGUCUUGGGAGAAUAUUCGUAGUACACAGACGAUAUUUUUGUGAUACGACUACAAGUGGAACGAUGGCACCAACGAAGGGAACGGGGCUCGCUGCUCGAGACUUACUUACUUCCUACAGUAAUGGCUCCUCGUCCUCGUGCCACCCAGUCGUUGGAGAGCAGACGUACUCGAGGUAUUAAAUCCUACCGCUGCCGAGUCUGCUCUGGAAUCCAUCCUCUUCGGAAGUGCAAGAGGUUCCACAAACUGAGCGCUGAAAAGCGCCUUCGGGCAGUACUUAUCAAUAAGUACUGCUCGAACUGCCUCGCCCAUCAGCACUCAGGAGGAGACUGCCGCAGCCAAGAGGGAUGCAAGAAGUGUGGAGGAGACCACCACACUCUCCUCCACAUGCAUGAGGUCCUCCCCGCUCCGACCCCGGCAGCGCUACCAGCUCCGACGCGCAGAGAGCGCCAUCCCGCUGCACCUCGUCCGGUCCGGAUUUCCCGCACUCCGCCACCAGCCCCAGUCGCCAACAAUCGCCCGUGUCCGAAGGUCUCCGUCGCGUCUCCGGCGGUGGCAACGGGGCAGCAGAAGGCUGUCCCCAUCCUGCCUACAGCCAUCGUCGUGCUGGACACGGGCUCGAAGACCUUCGAGACCGGGGCCAUGAUCGACCCAUGCAUGCCGGUGCGCAGCAUCGACCGGUCGUUGGCGGCUGCGUUCCAUGUGCCCAUCACCCGGCUGGGAGACGACGAGGUCUGCUCGGUGACACUCCGGUCCCGAACAAGCACCUUCCGACUCAACGUCGUCCUGAAGAUCGAACCCAGCCUAAGGAUCCGGACACCCAUCCGAGCUCUGAUCGACUGCGCAAGGGCCAAGUUUGACGGUGUUCGGCUCGCGGACGAGCGCUUCUACCGGCCGGCCUCCAUCUCCCUCGUGUUGGGAUCAGAUGUAUAUGCCAAUCUGAUCCAACCGGGGUUCUUAAAAUUGAGGAUGGGUUGCCCGUCGCGCAGAACACGAUGUUCGGAUGGACCGUUUCUGGAGCGUGCACGGAAUGAAGAGGCCGAUCCUGCUGUCUAGCCGGCCAGGGAUACCUUUGCCUACGCAAGGGG